AAUCUCUCUUGUACUUGGAGCUGUAGGCUAUAAGAUGGAGGACCAAAGGCUGCAGGUUUUUCAGCCUUUCCGCCUCAGGGUUGAAACCUACCCCUUAUAACACAUCUUCUUUGAUUCUCGUUUUCUCCACAAAACUUCCUGCACCACUCCACUUGAUAGGUGAACGUCUGUUUCAUUUGCCGGUGGGUUCAAACUUUAGUCAUCUUCUGCCAAGGGUUUCACAGUUCAUCCUUUUCCAUCUUCAUCAGUACAGAAUUCUCUAGUCUUAUCACAAAAAAAUAGGGAAUGCUGAAAGAUGUUGAAAUUCAUAUUUUCUUCCGCUGAAUUUGACCAGGUCAUAGCUCCAUGUGGGCUACCAUCUUACAUCCUUUAUGAUGAGGCAGACAAUUUAACUUACUGCCCAUAUCAUAGUGCUCAAACGCCUGGCGAGCCAAGAAAAACAGGAGUGUCAAAGCACGAUGUAUGUGAAGAUGGUUGAGCUUUUAGGCUCUUGAGAGCAAUUCCGUAAAUACCUAUAUCAGUUAUAUUGCAUUAGCAGGUAUAGUAGUUUUUUCUUGUGUGUUCAAAUAUUGUAGCUUGAAAUGGAAAACAAAGCUCACGUGUUGAUGCAGAAGUAUGAGAUGGGUAGAUUGUUGGGCCAAGGAACCUUUGCCAAGGUCCAUUAUGCUAGGAAUCUUCGAACUGGUACGAGUGUAGCCAUCAAGAUAAUUGACAAAGAGAAGGUACUGAAGGUUGGAUUGAUGGAUCAGAUCAAACGAGAAAUUUCAGUUAUGAAACUGGUUAGACAUCCAAAUAUUGUAGAACUUUAUGAGGUAAUGGCUACCAAAACCAAGAUUUACUUUGUCCUGGAGUAUAUUAAAGGUGGUGAGCUCUUCAACAAAGUGGCCAAGGAGAAGCUGAAGGAGGAUGUUGCAAGAAAAUAUUUUGAACAGUUGAUCAGUGCAGUUGAUUAUUGCCACAGUAGAGGAGUCUCUCAUCGUGAUCUGAAACCAGAAAACCUACUCUUGGAUGAGGAUGGGAAUCUUAAGGUUUCAGAUUUUGGUUUAAGUGCCCUAGCUGAAUGUAAGCGACAGGAUGGGUUACUUCAUACAAUGUGUGGGACCCCUGCUUAUGUUGCUCCGGAAGUGGUAAAAAGAAAAGGGUAUGAUGGAUCCAAAGCUGAUAUUUGGUCAUGUGGGGUGAUUUUGUAUGUUCUACUGGCUGGGUAUCUGCCAUUCUAUGACACAAAUCUCAUGGAGAUGUAUAGGAAAAUUGCGAAGGCAGAAUUUAUAUCCCCCAGUUGGUUUGCACCUGAAGUAUGCGAGCUUCUAUCAAACAUCCUGGAUCCAAACCCUAGCACAAGGAUAUCCAUGGCCAAAAUAAUGGAAAAUCCUUGGUUUCAUAAGGAUUUGGAACCUCAAUCCCUAAUUGUGGAGACAGACACAAAAGAAUCAGCUUAUCUGGAUUAUGAUGCUGUGUUUAAUGUGAAUGAGAGUAGCUGUGCUGUCACAGAGUCCAAGCAAGAAUUAGGAAAACCUUGCAACUUGAAUGCGUUUGAUAUCAUCUCCUAUUCUGCAGGCUUUGACUUGUCUGGCUUGUUUGAGGAAAAAGAGAAGAAGAAAGAGUUGCGGUUUACUUCAAACAAGCCUGCUUCAAUCAUCAUCUCAAAGCUAGAAGACAUUGCUAAGUGUCUGAGGCUGAAAAUAAAGAAGAAGGACGCAGGCUUGUUGAAAUUUGAAGGUUCAAAGGAAGGCAGGAAAGGAGCUUUGGGCAUAGAUGCAGAAAUCUUUGAGAUCACUCCUUGUUUUCAUUUGGUGGAAAUGAAAAAGUCCAGUGGAGAUACGGUGGAGUAUCAGACGGUAUUGAAACAAGAGAUUAGACCUGCACUCAAAGACAUUAUUUGGACAUGGGAAGGAGAACAGCAGCAACAACUACUAAAACAACAAGAGCAGCAAGAGCUACAGCCUUCUUAUUUAUGUGCAUUGCAGGCAGCUUCGCCUCAUACCACAAACUAAACAAAUAUAACCAUCCUUGGCCUCUAUGUUUAUGGUUGUGACAGUAUAUAUCUUUACCGGAGUAAAUUGAGUGGAUGUUUCAAGAUGUGUAUAUAUUUAUCGGCUGUAUUUAAUCA